AGGUUCAACCCUGAGUAGACAGGAGAUCAUGGUCGUGUUACACUGACAGCCAUCUGAGCGCUCCGUCACAGGAUUUAGGAUAAUCGCUACAGCACGCACAAUCUAGUCAUCGCUAGGUAGACGGAAGUGAGGAUAAUGACCGAUUACAUGGCUAGGUUCUGUUUAGUACUGUAGAGCUGCCACAUGUGUACUGCCGUGCGAGAUACCCAGAGUCGGGAGCCCUUACUCUCGACCUCUCUCAGUCCCGGCCACCACCGGAGGAAGUUGGAGCAGGAGGAGGAUGACGAGGACAUCGUGUCUCCAGCUCAGGACAGCAUCAUCUCCUGCACUACCCGGUCACAGUCAGAAUUCACCUCCUACACAGACUCCUACACACAGAACACAAGCGACAGAGCUACCUCCGCCCCCAGUUACACAGACGACACGGAAUAUGAGAAGGACUCUGUUGCAAACAACCACCACAAUGACCAUGAUGACGACUAUGACCUCUCUCAGACCCCCGCACCUUUAGAUCCCAACUGGACGAUGAGUAGCGGCUCCAGUUUCUCCGACUACACAGACAGUUCCGUGACCCUGCCCAGUCUUCAUGAGAACGGGGAUAUGGAGGAGAGGGAUGCCAGCAACAAGCUCCUUCCUGCCAAUACCGUCAGUAAACUCUCAAGUGCUAAUAUCGGAUCUGCUCCUCCAUCCAGUGGCGGGUUCAUGGGUAAACUCAAGGGUUUCGCUGUGACAUUCGUUGACAAGAUCCUAGUUGAUGAUAGGAACGGAGUCUCUACUACAGAUACCGAGGCUGGAUCUCAGACUGCUGCAUCGACCAAUCCACCAACAUCUUUUAAACAGGGCAUAGGAAGUAUGUUCAGUAGGAAAUCCUCGGCAAGUUCAAUUCCGAGGCCACCCCCACGAGAACCUGUCCACGCCACAAAGUUCCCCCGAAACCAAUAGACACAAGCACUCUUCUGGGCAUGGUGAAACAGUAUGAGGUGGACAAGAAGAACGACGGCGGCUUACAGCCGGAACAGAACAUCCCUCAGCUGAUCCGUGUGGAAGAGGGAGCUAUAUUAUUUAGACGUGACUCCCCCGGGGCACGCUCAGCACGCAGCGGAAAGAUUGGUCACGGUUUUCGGCGGCAGAAGGUCAACGCAGACGACAGUUCGGCCUUUAGUGCGUACUCUCAGAUCUCACACGUCAGCAGCAUGGGCAUUGUGAGCCUGGAGGAGGAAAUGGAACUUGAUUCGAAACCCAGCGGCACCCGACCUUCUCCCCUCGGGGGAAGAGAUAAAGAUGAGUCUGAUGUCACCACUCGGCCAGCUGGAGAGAACCUCUCUGAUACCCUAGACAAAGCACCUCUUAAUAGCUGCUACUUUCGAGAUGGACAGCGACAAAUUGAUUUUAUACUGGCGUACAGACUAGAUUGCAGCGGUGGUCAAGCGGAGUCUAAGAGGCGGAUAUACGAGUCAAACCUCCGGGAUAGAGGUCUCGAGCUGGAACAUGAGUCUGCUGAGCAUUCAUCUGACAACAACACUUACUUCGUCAAAGUGCACUGCCCAUUUGAUGUUCUGUGCGACGGAGCCGAGUUUAUGAACCUCAAAAUGCCCUUCAAGGAAGAAGAGCGAACACACUCCAGCUGGUUAGACCACUUGGUACCGACCUGCGUCAGAAACAGUUUCGCUUCACCUCUAGAUCCCCUUCCGCAAGUCUACACUACUACUUUCGACAAAAACAAACUCCACAAGAUGGAACACUAUUACGUAGGAGGCUCCAAUCAUGAAACCCUCUUCAAUUCUUCGCAGAGAAUACAAAUCGUGAGCGGGAUCCUGUUGAGAACGCCACACACUCCCCCUGACGAACGUGUUAAAAUAGGAAUACAGCGACUCCUGGACACGGACGUUUACAUCAGCGCCUUUCCGCUUCACGAUAGCACCCUGGUGGAGCCCGAGGAGGAAGAGGAUGAUCUGGACCCCGAACCCAGACCAGAGAGUGACCGUCAGAAGCUGUACCGAGGCUGGGGCCGAUUUGCUAUGUGGAAAAACGCUCAACCUCUCGACCAUAUCAGACGGUAUUUUGGCGAAAAGGUGAGCUUGUAUUUCUGCUGGUUAGGAUUCUACACCGCUUGGCUCAUUGUUCCGAGUAUUGUUGGGGUCGUGUGUUUUUUGUACGGGAUUAUCACCUACAAUCAGAACGAGAUCGCGGACGGAAUUUGCGCAAACAAAAAAGAUUUCCUGAUGUGUCCGCGGUGCGACUCGUGCCACUUUGAGAUUCUGGACUGUAAGGGAGUGAGAGUGUCCCACUUGUUCGAUAAUAACUUCACAGUAGCUUUCUCUGUCUUCAUGUCAAUUUGGGCUCGUCUUUUCCUUGAAUUCUGGAAGCGAGAGCAGUCGAGCAAAGCGUUCGAAUGGGACACCCUGGGUUUUGAGGGCCAGGACGAACCACCAAGGCCUCAAUACGAACAGAAGGCAACAGAAACAGAAGUCAACCCUGUGACUAUGAAGACAGAACCAAGUAUUCCCAACACUGCGAGAUACCCCCGACUUGCCUCUGCUUUCAUGGUCUCACUAUUCAUGAUAUCCCUAGUGAUCGCCGCUGUGAUCGGAGUUAUCGUGUAUCGUCUUGCUAUUAGAGGUAUCCUGGCCAAGACCUCACUCUCAGAUGACAUAGCUGUCAGCAGCAUCAUCGUCAGUGGGGCUGGUGCUCUUGCUAACUUCCUCUUCAUACUGUUCAUGUCAACUGUCUAUUACAAACUGGCUCAUUUUCUUACUGAUUGGGAGAUGCACCGAACACAAACUGAAUACGAAGAUGCACUCUCCUUCAAGAUGUACAUGUUCCAGUUCGUCAACUUCUACAGCUCCAUAUUCUACAUCGCUUUUGUGCAGGGCCGUUUCAACGGUACCCCUCCCAACUACAACCGGCUCUUGGGAUACCGACAGGAGGAGUGUGGCUCGUACGGAUGUUUGCUGGAUUUGUGUAUUCAACUGUUCGUCAUCAUGGUUGGUAAACAGACCAUUGGCAACUUCCUCGAGCUAGGAGUACCGAGGUUGAAAGUGUGGCUGAAGAGUAAAUCUGGUGAUGAUGAUAUGAAUAAUUUUCCUAACUGGGAUCAGGAAUUUCAACUUGAACCAUGGCCAGAGGAUGGGUUAUUUGACGAGUACCUGGAAAUGGUAAUCCAGUACGGUUUUAUCACGAUAUUCGUUGCUUGUUUUCCCCUCGCUCCAGUGUUUGCUCUCGUGAACAACAUCAUUGAAAUCAGACUCGAUGGUAACAAGAUUCUCUGUUCCACUCGACGAUGUGUCCCUGACAGGGCUGAAGAUAUAGGUAUCUGGUACGAUAUUCUAGAAAGGGUCUCAACUCUUGCCGUUAUAUGUAACGCGUGUAUCAUUGCCUUCACCUCGGAGUUCAUACCUCGGCUGGUCUACAUGUACACCAUAAACUCAGACCUUACCAACUACGCUAACUACACUCUAGGAACCUGUGAUAUAGAUCUUCUGAACUUAACAAAGACGGUCCUAGACUCUCGUACUGCUAUAGAGAUGGGUAAUGCGACACAUUGCAGGUACCGGAUGCACUUCAGUACAGACCCCGCCAACCCUGCUAUCUGGAUGCAAGUUACUGCCGCUCGACUUGGAUUCAUCAUCGUGUUCGAGCACUUUGUUUUCUUCAUCACUGGCUUGGUUGACUUUAUGAUUCCCGAUAUUCCUGAUCAUGUACAAACUGCAAUAGAAAGAGAGAAAUAUCUUGGUAAAGAAGCACUAAGGGCUCGUGAAGCCAGUCCACUACCCUUCCGAGAAGAAACAAUAGACUGGGCAAAUACUCAGCUUCAGUUCUCUACCGGAAGAGUUUACAUCGGUGACAGAUUGUUCCAGCUCAUUAAGUUAUUCCGUCGUUCCACCGGGAAGAAAGAGUAGACUACGCCUCUCCAAAACACUCAGCUUCAGAUUCUGAUUAAUUUUCCCAGAUAAAUAGUCUCCCCCUCACACUUGCCAUUUUUUAUAAUCUUCCGAAAAUAAUCUCCAGCCGCCAGAGCCAGUUCAGUUACACUCUCGGCAGGCUACCAAAAUUUCCGCUUCACUCGCGAACCAGUGCCAGUCCGACUACACAAACAUCGCUGGUAACAUCAGAUAAUAUUUCAGCUGUGGUGCCGGGACAGCACAGGAACUGGAUUCAACAGAAUUUCAUCUGAUAGGAACAGUAGGGACAACUUUGAAUUGUCAGAGAUUUCUCGAAAUUCCAGACCUAGUGGCAACCAUAAUGUGUAGAUAAAAAAGAAAUUCCAAUAUCACUAUCAGCUGUUUAUCAUUUUCUUUAAAAAUUAUCGCUGCACAAUUCUUGUAUCAUUGUCAUUAGUGUAGGAAAGGUUUAAAUAUUUUCCUGAAUUUGGAUAUUUUGUUACGUAAAUUGUUAAAUUAUUUAUGAAUGUUUGAUCACUUGCCAGUUAUAUACACCUCGACAUUUUAAAUUAGUUUUUUAGUUCUAGGUUAGUUACCGGAAAAGUAAUAGUUUUUGGUUAGGCAAUCGAAUAGGAUUGGUUUACAUUUUACUCAUACUGUCGAGCAGUGGAAAGGCAUGAGAUCAAAUGUCGAGGAGUAAUUAAGUACACCAACGUGAGAUUUCUCAAAUUCUCAACUUUGACGUUCGCUUUAAUAGCUAUCAUUUUUUAUCAGCUUCUCCGUUACAAUAUACUUACACGUGACCCCAGCUUUUCUUUAUGGACAUGUGAAUUUGGGAUCCUCAGCUUUAACCUUUUCCAAAAACUGAAGUAGCUCCGAUAUCAUCAUAAUGUGAACAUAAUAUAAGGUCAAGUAGUGCCGAGUGCCGACGUUUUACCAAUAACAAUAAGAUGAUCGAUUAAUUGAUAAUAUUUGUCAAGUAUUUCGAACAUGAAAUUGAAUUUAUAAAUUAAUUUGUUGGGACACCAGAUACA